AUGAACACUGUGAAAUACAACCUCAAGUACGUGUCGCUAGGCGUCCUGAUCGUCCAGACGACGACCCUCGUCCUGACGAUGAGGUACUCUCGGACCGUUCAAUCAGAGGGACCUCGCUACCUCAGUUCCACGGCUGUCGUGUUGGCUGAAUGCAUGAAGAUAGUUGCUUGUAUAUUGCUUGUAUACUUCCAAGAAGGGGGCGGAACGAUUGAUGGCUUUGCGAAGGUGAUGAGAGAAGAAAUCGUUAACAAACCCAUAGACAGCCUCAAAUUGGCAAUACCAUCCGGUCUGUACACGCUUCAGAACAAUCUUCUCUUCCUUGCUCUCUCCCAUUUGGACGCAGCAACAUACCAGGUGACCUAUCAGUUAAAGAUUCUGACAACGGCCAUGUUUUCAGUGUUCAUGUUGGGCAAGCAGCUGAAUGCAUCAAAGUGGAUCUCUCUAAUCCUUCUAAUGGCAGGGGUAGCUUUGGUCCAGAUGCCAUCAGAAAGCAAGCCAAAAGAAACGGAACAAUCGAUGUCAUCGGAGCUGAUCGGUCUGAUAGCGGUUCUGUGUGCCUGCUUCUCCAGUGGGUUUGCAGGGGUUUAUUUUGAGAAGAUCCUCAAAGGCACCAAGCAAUCAUUAUGGCUCAGGAAUAUACAACUAGCUUUCUUUGGAGUAAUCUUUGGUCUCGGUGGUGUUAUAGGAAAAGAUGGAUCGAAGGUUGCAGAGGAUGGUUUUCUUCAAGGAUACAAUACGAUCACAUGGGUAGUAGUGAUAUUACAGGCCCUUGGAGGUCUAAUUAUAGCAGCCGUCAUCAAGUAUGCAGAUAAUAUAUUGAAAGGAUUCGCUACAUCGUUAUCAAUCAUCUUAUCAACUGUAAUCUCUUAUUACCUGCUGCACGAUUUUACUCCCUCGAGCUAUUUUUUCAUCGGAGCUGCAUUUGUCAUUUCAGCGACGUUUCUCUACGGCUACGUUCCUAAGGUAACUCUGGAUCCCAAAGGAUCAGAAAAUGUUUAGUCAUAAGCAUCACGCUAAAAAAACUUAUACGAAAUAUUAUACAAUGGUUUGAACGGUGUGCGUGUGUGAACAUGCAUUGUGCAGCUAUCUCUGGAUGGAAAUGGUCACGCAAUGUUUAUUCUAAAGAUAUCAUAUCCAAGUGCUUUGGAAGCGCAUAAAUGUUUAUUCUAAAGAUAUCAUAUCCAAGUGCUUUGGAAGCGCAUAGGGACGUUAUGACAUAAUGUGAUAUACGCUAUACAAGAACUGCGUUAUUAUCAUUUAAAAAUGUUUACAAAACUUUGAAAAAUAUACGGUAAUCACCUUUUUUUAAUGGUGUGUGUGAAAUUCUACUCAUGUAAUUUGCAGCUGUUUUUCUUCUGUGAAGAAUAUGUUAUAACGUUUAUAAGAAUAUUGUGCAAAUAGUCUUUUUAAAUGUAAAAUUUAAAAUGUUUCCAAUUAUGAAUAUCAACGUUAAUUAAAAAAGAUUUAUUUGGGUUUUUUUUUCAAAAGAAAGCUGAUUUCUUGCAUAUUCCAUCUACUUCAAAAGCUUUUUUGUACAUACAGGUAUACUCAUAUAAUAUCCAGAAUCAUAUAUUCUAUUAUGAAAUAUGAGAUAGGUAUUUAUUAUUUAAGCAUGUUUUGAAAAUCUGUGAAUGUACAUGUAGUUUUUCAUGUAAGGUUUUAGAUGAAUUACAGACGGAAAUGCUGAAAAUACAUGUCUGUAAAGAGAAAAUUAAUGAGGUUGUAAAUAAACACUCCUCUGUCUUUCAUUGCAGUCAAUAUAUUAAACCUAUUUGUGUGUGGAAAAUAUUUAAUUUUUUGUUUACACUUAACAUUGAUUUGGUGUCUGUCAUCGGUAAAUCUGAUGAAAGGGUUCGAUAGAUUAUUGAUGAGGUACUUUGAGAUAUUGUCCUGGGCUCACAAUUAUGUGGUAACUAGACUUGCAAAGGUUUUGUGAAUAUAGGCCUGGUGGGUGUUUCAUGGAAGUUGUCAGCACUGACUUAAUUGUCAGUGCUGACAAUUUCAGUGAUAUCCUUGGUUUUGAUUGGCUGAGAGGCACUGGCCUCUGACUGUUACUAUGGUAACUGUCGGAGAAAGACAACAUGUCAGAGCUGACAACUUUCAUAAAACGGUCCCCUGCUGUUUGAAGAGCUACGUAAGAGCCGAGGUGUAAAUUUCACCCAAGUAACGGUCCUCAUUAAAUGAUAUUUCCCAUAGUUUUUGCCUUUGGCAGAAUCCCAUUUAUUGAAUGGAAUGCUAGAUAAAUUGUAAAUACCUUUAUUAUUUGCGAGAUUGAAACAAUAAGUAGUCAUAUCUUUGGUGUUCAACGUGAGUGAAUAAGUUCGCAAUCAGAACCAGAUGUUUACAUCCCAAGAAUUAAAGGUUGAAACAAUUUAGAGUGCCCAAAGUGGCCAGAUUAGGACAGUUAUAUUUGGUAGAGAGAAUUAUUUGAUAGUACAUGUACCUUGAUUAAUAAGAUUGCAAUGUGCACUUGUGAGUUAUGAAACGCAAGAAUAGCACGUUAUAGAGCAAUUAUGGGCGUAAAUCUCAGGGAGGACACGGGACGCGUUCUCCCUACCCAAAAUAGUAGGGGGGGGGUAAAUAUCAAUUGCCCCCCCUACUAUUUUUGUUUUUUAAUGAUGAAAAGAAAUACAUCAUUCAAAAUCGCAAAAUCGAAAUAAAACAUGUAUUUUGGACGAGUAGAUCUUACUUUUUUGGUAAUAACCUUUUUUUUUUUUUUUUUUGCUCCACAAAUUUAUUUUCAGUCGAAAUUACCUUACUUUUGGGGGGGUGAUUAUCUUUUUUUUUUGCUUGUCAAAUUUUCCAGCGCCUUUGGGGAGAGAUUUCUGCCCUUGAGAGCAAUUUAUAAUCAUAAGUUACACCAGAACUAAAAAUGGACUUCAGAAUGCCAUUCCUGGCCUUCAAAGGAGAAGUCAUCCUGGCAAUAAGGUGAUUUUAUUAAAAGCAGAAAAUAAGAGAAAAUUAAAGGUGAACGUUUGAUGAAAAUCCAUCAAAGAAUACGAGAGUUAUUGAUUAUCAAUUUGUUAAUUUGUGACGCUAUAUGUGUAUGCGAGCAGCUGCCCCAUAUACAUGUACCAUUUAAUUGAUUUUCCAUAAAUUCCAUUUUUUUAUAGGACAAUGAUGAAUAAAAAUACUUUUCGUACAGAAGGUGUCAUAAAAUGAUAUGUCUGAGGAUAUAUCCAUUGCACAGAUAAUAUCAUUAUUAAUUUAUUUAGAAAAUGGUAUAUUGUGGGAUUUAUAUCACAUGACACAAGGAGGAGCUGUACUUCUAAAACAUGAUAUCACAAAGUG